UAGUAAGGUGCCGCAGGCUACUAGUGCAUGACAUAUGUUAGCAGUGUUACUAUUGCAGCACGGUAAUGUGGGCUAAAGAUGGCACUAGUAGCGGAAAACAAUAAUCACUCGUAAGACACAGUCAUUCUACUAGUGCGCUGGAUUGUCUCAAUGGAGCAGCUGUUUUUCCUCGGUGUGAUGUUGUGAGGGAGGCCGCGCUAGAACUGGGACAAGAUGACGGACGCCCAAGGCGAUCGCUGUCUGGACCAGUUGAAUAAAUUCGAGAAGCUGACAGGCAGGCCGCUGCACGGCCGUCGUACUCCCCCCGCCCGCAGUGGCCACCGCUGCGUUGCCGACAACACCAACCUCUAUGUGUUCGGGGGGUACAACCCGGACUACGACGAGUCAGGUGGCUCCGAGAACGAGGACUACCCGCUGUUCCGGGAGCUGUGGAGGUACCACUUCGCCACGGGCCGAUGGCAGCAGAUUCAAACAGAGGGCUACGUCCCCACGGAGCUGGCCUCCAUGUCAGCUGUGUUGCACGGUAACAAUCUGCUGGUGUUUGGCGGCACCGGGAUCCCCUUUGGCGAGAACAACGGCAACGACGUCCACGUUUGCAAUGUCAAGUACAAGCGGUGGUCGCUGCUCAACUGUCGCGGGAAGAAGCCCAACAGAAUCUAUGGACAGGCCAUGGUCAUCAUAAAUGGGUUUCUUUACGUGUUCGGGGGGACAACGGGCUACAUAUACAGCACAGACCUGCACAGGCUGGACCUGACCACCAGGGAGUGGAUCCACCUCAAGCCCAACAACCCCCCAGAUGACCUACCCGAGGAACGGUACAGACAUGAAAUAGCACAGGACGGACAGAGGAUCUACAUCUUGGGAGGUGGGACCUCCUGGACGUCUUACCCUCUGGACAAGAUUCACGCAUAUAAUCUAGAGACCAAUUCCUGGGAAGAGAUUGCAACAAAACCUCAUGACAAAAUAGGGUUUCCCGCGCCAAGAAGAUGUCACAGUUGUGUCCAAAUACGAAAUGAUGUAUUUAUCUGUGGCGGCUACAAUGGCGAGUUGAUAUUGGCUGACCUGUGGAAGAUCAACCUGCACACGUUCCAGUGGAGCAAGCUGCCCGCCGUGAUGCCCGAACCGGCCUACUUCCACUGCGCCGCCGUUACGCCGACGGGGUGUAUGUACAUCCACGGUGGCGUGGUGAACAUCCACGAGAACAAGAGGACCGGAUCCCUCUUCAAGAUCUGGCUGGCUGUGCCCAGCCUGCUGGAGCGUUGCUGGGAGAGGCUCCUCCAGGCCUUCCCCCACCUUGCCAACUUGUCCACCAUGCAGUUGCUCAACCUGGGGCUCACACAGGAACUGAUUGAGCGCUUAAAAUAACAAACUUGGACCGCCAAGGAGUGAAAGGAGUCUUUCCUUCUCUGCCAAAAACUAUGGGAUGCCUUCUUUUGGCCCAUUUUUCAUGAUUUUAAAUUUUUUUGCACUAAACGUGAUCAUUCUGAAAAUUAUGAAUUUCCUCUCUUUGCCAUCCUGCAUAGGACAAGUUGCCUUUUUUUUUGCUUCUCAUCCCGUCAUCAUCAGUUGGAAUUACUUUACUUUGCCAAAUAAUGACUUGCUUCUCAAAUUAAAAACACAAAACAAUUUAAUCCAGUACUGUAUUACACUUGUAAUACUGAAAAGACUGUGCAGAGGAUGGAGCAUGUAUAUUUAUUGGAAUAACUCGCACACACCAUCUUGCAUAGAUUUUUAGUUUUCAAAGCGGCACACUUUUGUUUUUUUUGCUUACGAACUUAUUAACCAUCACUCACAUUACAUGUAAUUUAAGCAGAUGUUGCUCCCUCUUUUGGACGGUGUGCAAUUAUUGAAGGGGAGUCAAUUUUAAUUUUUCCCCAUAACCGUGUCCGCCAAGAGGGGAUUUAAAAAUGCAUUCGGGAACAGUCAAGAUCUGGAAUUUGUAGCAUACUUGCAACACAUGCAUUUGUUUUUCUUUAAGUCACAUGUCACUGUGAAUUUGGUGCUCCAUUAUAAAUCAAUUUUAAAUGCUUUUAUCUGAAUAAAGUAACAGUCUCUCAGACGUUGAAAUUGUUGACUUUGCACGAGGGGUUGCGCCAACAUGCAGUGCCUUGAAAUAUUAAAACGGUUUAAAUGGGGUUACAGCAGUGUAACAAGAGCACAGUUAUAAGUGCUUACAUUUGUUUAGUGCAAACGUUUUACAAAUCUUUUAGUUAUAUUAGUGCAAGGUACUAAUUAUAUUUAUUUGAUACAAUGUAUCCUACUAUUCAUAUUAAAUUCACGGUAGGAUCUUUUGAUUGUGCAUCAACAGACGCACACUAAAUUAAAUUGUUUGCUGCAUGUCUUUGCUUUUAGGUUUAUUCUGAAAAAGAACUGUACUUGCAGCUGACUUACUUCACUAAACAGUGAGCGUUGUAAUUAUGUACACAAAAGACCCCUCUGACUAUUGUUUUGCGUUGUCAAAGUAAAGUUGAGUCUUGAACUCAUACUUGGCUAAAUCUAAUAUAUUCGUAGCGGAUGAAGAAUUUUUUAUUGAUUUUAUUGAGCACAUUUUGCAAAGAACCAACAAUAAAUAGCAAAAAUCUAAAUGCAAAGGCAAGAUGUGUCACUUUCAUAAUUAGAAAUUAUUUUAAUUCUUCCAUUGUAUAUUAGAUUUGUUUUUUCUUUUUAGCUAGCUAGCAGAUUAACAAGAGCGUGGGGAAGGAGCAAAGAAAUAAAGAGCCAGAACGAUGAGGUAGACCACCACCAGAGCAGUCCCUACAAACAAAGAAUAUGUUUUAAUAUUACUCCACAUAAAAUUGUUUUUAAAAAGCAGACUUACCCUGAAAGUAGUCACACUUUCCAUCCAUGAAGAUAUAGUUGACCAAAAUGACACUGAAGAUGCUCGCCCAGAGAUGGAUGUCACUGAACAGCAGCACAAAUCCCACAUCCUGUACAC